AUUACACUUUUAUCUUACAUGUGGGGACAGUGAGCCACCAGUGUCUCUGCUUUCUGUUGUCUCAAUCAACUUUUGUGUUCAGAGAUCUGCCUUGCAGCCCCAGCACCUCCCUCUUCCUCUCUCCACUGACACCAGGUGCCAUGAGGAUCUUUCUCUUAACCGUCGCUGGCCUUGUUCUUCUUGCUCAGAUUUUCUCAGCCAGGGGAGGAAUUCAAAGGCAAACACUUUGUGAGAAGAUGGACGGCCGCUGUGAGGUUGAAUGCCUUUCCUUUGAAGUCAAGAUUGGGGGCUGCAGAGCUGACCUGACACCAUUUUGCUGCAAAAAGAGGACAAAAAAUUAGGCACUACAAACUGCAGCCACAAAAAUGGAAAAGGUGGGGAGACUGUGGCGGCUGUGACCUCAGUGAACUGGGCCUCUCUGUAUCUCUGCUCUUUGACCUCCAUGCUCUGGAUUCUCCAAAGCUGUCAGUUCAGUCCUUGAGGCUACUGGGAAAUGCCAUCACCAGGCUGUGAGCUUUUUGAGGGAUGGCACCUUAUCUUGUCACCUGGGUACCCAACAGUGCCUGGGAUGGGGCCUAUUGAGAAAGUGAGAUAGUGAAUUGAUAAGUAACAUAGGUAGAAAAGGGAAGACUGACCCACUUGAAAUGAGUUGUAAAAUUAUAGUCCUGGCUUCAAACACAUGUGUGAGUUUGGGCCUUCUCUUCUAAGAGUCUGGUCCAGGUAAUCUGGGGAGACUGAACUGCACAGAAAAUGAACCAUCCAUCUGCUGGAAACACAGUGUGGCCACCUCAGCAUCACCACUGUCACAUACUCCUCCUCUUGUCCUUCAUCAACAGGAAUUAUUUAGAACAUCACAUAUUCCCUGUCUGAUCUGAAAUUUCGAGUUCCACAAAAAAUGGGCCAUGUUAAAACUCAAGCUGGCCGUGGAUGGAGUAGUAUAUUCCUUCAGUGACAAUUGUCAGAUCAGACCUAUCAGCGACCCCUAGAGAUCACUGUGCUUCAUACCCUCAUUAACAGAUGAGGAGACUAAAGGCCCAGGGAGACCCUACAGUCACUGGCUCACUUGCAUCUGUGUGCUUUCUGGUCUGUGUACUUAGCAUGUCCAUGAAAGAGUGUGGUAGGCAUGGACAGAGAAUAAAGGCCAAUUCACAACAAAAUAAGAUCCUGGCCACCUCCGCAAAGCCCUCCUGUGAUCCUGUGACAUUUUGCUCAAUGGAAACAGCAAACUGAUGCUUCCCUUUGCCCUGAUUUGCAUUGAUUUGGAAUCCAGCAUUGAGGCAGGGAAAAAUAUCUUUCACAGGCCACAUGCAUUACACAAGGUCUAUAAUCACCCUCCUGAACUGAAAAGAAAUACCCCUCAGCUCUGCUCUAGAGCAUUUUUUUAACUAGUCAAUUAGGCUUGCUGUCCAUAAAGAUGCAAAUAAGAAACACAGAACAAAAACACAAUUUCC